AUGCGCGCGCCUCUGCUCUUCGUAUUAGCUACGGCACAACUCUGCGACGCGCUCAGCGCGACGACGCCGAUAAAACUCCAUGUGGAAUUCUGCCAGCAAUGAAAGUACUCCCUGAAGGUCGAUCGCCUCGAAACUAUGCUCAAGGAUCGCUUCGGUGACGACAUCGUCAUCACCGGACGCAACGAUCCCGAUCAACUUUCGCGUCUCUCUCCCAGCGGCGAGUGGCGCGUCGGCGCGUUCGAGGUCACCCGGCUGGGCGACGACGAGCUCCUCUACAGCAAGCUCGAGACGAAGCGGCACCUCGUCGGCACGAGAAUAAAGGUCGACGGCGAGGUCGUCCACGACGACAAGCCCUUCAACGAGUGGGUCGAGAAGUGGGGGUUCUAG